AAGGGUCAAAGGUGUAACUGGAUAAGAAAAAAAACCAUUUUACUGAAUCACCUUGGUGUCUAAGGUCAAUAAAGCAGCUACUGAUAACAGAUCACAAGUAGCAAGCCAAGGCCUCACCCUGACUAGUGACUGAUGAUGGUCCCAGGACUACAGAAUGGGCAACUCAGUGAGGAAAGGAAAAGCUGUGUUUGUGGAUCCCACACAGGUUAAGAACCUACAGCUCUACAAGGCAGUCAUUGAAGACAACAGCAAUAAAUCUCCAGAGAUAAUAAAAUACAAAAGUGAUGGAAAUGAAGGCAGUGAAUGGAAGAAGAACCAGAAGACUGCCCUCAAGAUUAAACUUCAGGAAUUCAUCGGCAGCAGUGAUAUUGUGAUCUUCAGCAAGACAACAUGUGGGAAAUGCACAAAGGUUAAGAGCCUGUUAGACAACAUGAACACCCCAUAUCUGGCAGUGGAGAUAGACCAAAUGGAGAGCUCUCAGAGGUUUGAAGAAGUCCUCUAUGAACAUACUAUGGAAACCACUUUACCCAGCGUUUUUGUGAAAGAGCAACUUAUACAAUAUGAUGAAAUCAUAACGUUGUCCAAGGAUGGCUUGUUUCAGAAACUUCUAGAAAGUAAGGAAGAUAAACCACGAGACAACUCCUAUGACUUUGACCUGAUUGUAAUUGGCGGUGGAUCUGGAGGUUUAGCAGCUUCUAAGGAAGCUGCCAAGUACAAUAAAAAAGUAUUGGUACUUGAUUAUGUGACACCGUCACCAACAGGAACAAAAUGGGGACUUGGAGGAACAUGUGUAAAUGUGGGCUGCAUCCCGAAGAAGCUAAUGCAUCAGGCAGCCUUAAUGAGACAGGCACUGAAAGAUUCCCACAAAUAUGGAUGGCAGGUUGAUGCUAAUACAGUACAACACAGUUGGGAGGCAAUGACAGACUCUAUUCAGAACUACAUUGGCUCUUUAAACUGGAACUACAGAGUAUCUCUUAUGGAAAACAAAGUGAAAUAUGAAAAUGGCUACGGAGAGUUUGUGGAGCCACACAAAAUCAAGUCAACAUCAAGCAGAGGGAAAGUGAAAUAUUUUACUGCAGGGAAAUUUCUCAUAGCUACAGGAGAACGACCACGGUACCUUGGUAUUCCCGGCGAUAAAGAAUACUGCAUCACAAGUGAUGACCUGUUCUCACUUCCCUACUGCCCAGGGAAGACUCUGGUUGUUGGAGCCUCUUACGUUGCUCUAGAAUGUGCAGGGUUCCUGGCAGGUCUAGGCUUGGAUGUGACUGUCAUGGUUCGCUCCAUCCUGUUAAGAGGUUUUGAUCAACAAAUGGCCGACAAGAUUGGUGAACACAUGGAGGAACAUGGAGUCAAAUUUUUGCGACACUUUGUGCCAACAAAGGUAGAACAGAUAGAAGCAGGAACCCCUGGGAAAUUAUUAGUGACAGCUCAAUCAGCGGAUGGCACAGAGAUAACAGGAGAGUACAACACAGUCUUGCUAGCAAUCGGAAGGGAAGCGUGUACAAGAAAAAUUGGCCUGGAUAUACCUGGAGUAAAGAUUAAUGAAAAGACAGGAAAAAUCCCUGUUAAUGACGCAGAGCAGACUAAUGUGCCUUACGUUUACGCUAUCGGGGAUGUGUUGGAAGAUAAAUUAGAGCUCACCCCUGUUGCUAUCCAAGCAGGACGUCUUCUAGCAAGAAGGUUAUAUGGCGAUUCAACAGUCAAAUGUGACUAUGUCAAUGUUCCCACCACCGUGUUUACACCCCUGGAAUAUGGCGCUUGUGGUCUAUCAGAAGAAAAUGCCAUAUCGAAGUAUGGAGAAGAGAACAUUGAGGUCUAUCACAGUUAUUUUUGGCCCCUAGAAUGGACCGUUCCAGCGAGGGAUAACAACAAAUGCUACGCAAAGAUCAUCUGCAAUUUGAAAGACAAUGAAAAGGUUGUUGGCUUUCAUGUGCUUGCUCCCAAUGCUGGGGAAAUCACGCAAGGGUUUGCAGCAGCUAUAAAAUGUGGCCUCACUAAAGAUCAACUAGACAACACUAUAGGGAUCCAUCCAGUCUGUGCGGAGAUAUUUACCACAUUGACCGUGACAAAGCGCUCUGGGGACAGUAUCCUGCAGUCUGGUUGCUGAGGUUAAAUCCUGCUGUUUGUUAUGGUUGCCAUUGUCUACAAAGAUGGACUCAAGGAAGAUGAAUACACAUCGUGAACCCGGAAGGUCUUUUGGUUAUAUGGCAACUAGCAAUACAGCAGGGUGUAGGACAAUAAGCUGAUGCAGAGCGCCUUCUUGGUGCUAUUGUGACGUCUCGACCCAAAGCCAAAUCUGGUGGGCCGCGGCCGAAGUACUGCAGACUCAGUUUAUACUGAACAUUGAUGAAGGAAUGUUAGGGUCUGAUGCUCAUUUUGCACAGACAGCUUUUGUAUGCUAAUGAGAAUUGGUUCUAGAGCAUCAUGGGCUGCGCACUUGUUUUUUUAUGCUGUGAAAAAGUUAAUUGACCUUGUU